UGUCGCAACAACAAGGAAACGUAUCGUGGGAAUUUCCCUUGAGCGUAAAACGUUGAUUUUUCCAUAAUUCCUGACUCAAAAAGUGUGGUUAUUUUUCUUUUCCGUUUACAUAUCUCAUCAUGUGAACUGUUCUGGCCUUUCCUGAUGUCCGCUGGCCCUUCAUGGUCUCCUAUGUGCUUUCAUUGUGUUUUGCACUCUCUUCCAAGUUCUAGUCAUCAAUCCAAGUGAAGCAGUUUGAAAUCAUGGAUUUGCAGCUGCACACAAAGCUAAUCGUGGUCCAAGGCUUCAUAUUGAUAAUGUUGGCUUCAGUGACGGAACAAAGCAUACCAACUAUAGUUGAAAGGGACCCCGAAGAGUGGAAAUGUGAUCCGCCGUGUGACAACAAUUUAGGAAUGUUUUGUCUACUCCGUCAGUGCAUUCCCUGUGGACUUUGCCCACAAGAUCCAUUUGAUCUUGACCAAACUGGACACCUCGACAUUUACAAACCAUGCAUUCAAAAUGGGUUCUGCCCUAGAGUCUGCAGCUCGUACCUGAAUUUAGGAAGUUAUCCUCUAGCUAACGAAACAUUUUGUGAAGAGAUCAAAGCGCCAAAAGUAACAACACCUCAACCCACGAUAGAGGAAGUUGUUAUAACUACCACUGCAAACUCUACCACCGGUGUGACAUCAACGAAAGCAGGAGAUACCACCGCGAAGAAUCCAGACGACAUUACAUACAUUGACAAAAAUGGUAAUGAACAAAAACAUUACUACUUUAACAGCAAAGGUUUUGGCCGGUAA